GUCAGCGCAACGUAAAAGAAACCCGGCAUCAGCCAGAAUUUUCUCUUGUUGUCGCCCUCGGCGUUGAUCUUUUUUUUUUUCCUUGGCUCCAAUUACAAAUCGCAACCCUAGAAAGACCGAGAGCCCGCCUGCCCGCCGUGCAUAGGGUAUAUUAGACGGAUCGCGUCUUGCAGGGGGCCUGUGAUCUCAUCAUCAUUAUCAUCCACCUGUGCCAUUUAGCAUACAUACUACUCGGAGCGACUUGUCAUUUUUUUUAUCUUUCGUUGCUGCAUCUCAUCCUCCCCAGUUUAGACUUUUCUCUCCAUAACUCGUCACGAUGGUUGGCCAUAGCGAAUUUCCCUCCCAGAACGGAGCCUCGGCCCCUCAGGAUCGUCGCUUCGGAACUCUGGCCGUCCACGCCGGUGCUCCCCAUGACCCUACCACCGGCGCUGUCAUUGCUCCGAUCUCCCUCUCCACCACCUUUGCGCAAACCACCGUUGGAAACCCUGUCGGUCUCUACGAAUACACCCGGAGCUCCAACCCAAACCGGGAUCACUUUGAGCAGGCCAUCGCUGCUCUCGAACACGCCAAAUAUGCCCUCGCCUUCUCCUCCGGUUCCGCAACUACCGCCGUCAUCCUCCAGUCCCUGGCGGCGGGCUCGCACAUCGUCUCCGUCUCCGACGUCUACGGUGGAACUCACCGGUACUUCACCAAGGUCGCUUCUGCCCAUGGCGUCCAUGUGACCUUUUCGCCUUGCAUCGAGCUUGAUGUUGAAGAACUGAUCCGCCCCAACGAGACGAAAUUGGUCUGGAUCGAAUCCCCGUCCAACCCCACCCUGGGCCUGGUCGAUAUUGAGAAGAUUGCUGCGGUUGCACACAGACACGGUAUCCUGGUCGUGGUUGACAACACCUUCCUGAGUCCCUAUGUUCAGAACCCUCUGGACCACGGUGCCGAUAUCGUGGUUCACUCCGUCACCAAGUAUAUCAACGGCCACUCGGAUGUCCUGAUGGGCGUUGCUGCCUUCAACUCUGACAGCCUGAAAGAGCGCCUUGGUUUCCUGCAGAACGCCAUUGGCGCCGUUCCCUCCCCCUUUGAUUGCUGGCUCGCCCACCGUGGUCUCAAGACCCUCCACCUGCGCGCGCGCGAGGCGACCACCAACGCGACGGCUGUCGCCAAGGCCCUCGAGGCCUCUCCCCACGUCAUCUCCGUUAACUACCCUGGUAUCGACUCUCACCCCCACCGUGCCAUCGCUAUCAAGCAACACCGCCAGGGCAUGGGUGGUGGUAUGCUGAGUUUCCGUAUCAAGGGCGGUCAGGAAGCUGCUCAUCUCUUCUGCAAAUACACCAAGGUCUUCACCUUGGCUGAGAGUUUGGGCGGUGUCGAGUCUCUUUGCGAGGUUCCUUCGAGCAUGACCCACGCUGGUAUCCCCAAGGACCAGCGGGAGGCUGCUGGUGUCUUCGACGACCUUGUCCGUAUGUCCUGCGGUGUCGAGGAUGCGGAGGAUCUCCUGGCCGAUACUCUCCAGGCCCUUGAGAAGGCUGUGGCCGCCACCAAGGUGGGAAACGGAGCUGCUUAG